CGUAACCAAACCAUAAUAAAUAGAUUUACUCAUCUCGAUCUAAACAACUGGUUGUGCAGAAGAUACAAAAGAAGAUACAAAAUGGACCACAAAUCAGAAAAUGCUUUGGGUAUUUCCUGGCAUGACACUGCCUGGAUCCCUCACCUCAGUCAGGCUAACAUAUUGGACUACUUCGCAGAGAGAUCUAACCCUUUCUAUGACAGAACCUGCAAUAAUGAACAUAUUAAAAUGCAACGGCUUAGUCCAGACCAAAUGUUAAAUAUGACAGGGUGUGAAUAUUCCCUUCUACAUGCCCAAGAACCUAUUUUGUAUGUUAUACGCAAACAACAUCGUCACUCUCCAACACAAGUCACCCCCCUUGCUGAUUAUUACAUCAUUGCUGGCACAGUGUACCAAGGCCCAGAUUUGUGUUCUGUUGUAAACUCCAGAUUGCUUAAUACUCUUCACAACUUGCAGUCAGCUUUUGAUGAGGCUUUAGGUUAUGCAAGAUUUCACCCAUCAAAAGGAUAUUCUUGGGAGUUCAAAGAAAAGGAAGAGAAAGAACCAGCAACCAAAGAGAAAAAGUUGAAAAAGAAAGAAGAAGCAAGUUCAGCCUUUCAGAGGAAACGUGUGGAUCUGUUGCUGGGAGAGUUAGCUAAAAAACACCCCCCACUUUUUAUGCCCCCUCCACCACAGCCCCCAGCUAAAGUUCCUCACGUUGAAGAGGUUAAAGCAGAAGUGAAAACAGAGAAACAAGAAGAAAAGUCAACAUUGAAUGGCUCAAUGCGUCCCCCUCCAGAAAAAAGACAAAAAUUAAGAUAGUCUCACUGGAAAAUUAUAUGUAAAUAGUUUAUACAUGUAAAAUAUUUGCUCUUAAUUUUGCUUUUCUAAGUGUAUUUAUACAUGUUAAUUUACUUUAUUAAAGAUCUUUGCUUGGUAUUAGCAAGAAUUAGUUGUUUUUUUUUCUUUGUUUUUGCCUUGUAAUAUUUACUUAUUUAUUUUAAAAAAAUCCCCUUGUUGCACUACUACUUCAAAAUCGAAUUGAAAGGAUUUAAGAUAAAUAUAUCUUGUGGAAACAUGGUUGAAACUUUGUUCUCUCAAAUGUUAUGCCAAUUUAGAUUCAAUAUUAAAUUUGAUAUUGUUGAAAAGAAAUCAC